UUUUUCAAGCUGCUGGCUGACUAUUGGUCAGUGAAAAUGAAGCAAUCUUUAUCUGAGUCGCUUAGGUUUACAAUGAUGUCAUGCUGCUCCAGGGUAAUAGGCUACGGUGAGGCUGGAGUAGGCUAGAGAUUGCUGGAAUUGUACUUAAUUUGACCAACAUUGUCUAGCCUGCGAAGCGGAGUUGAAGGGGUACAUAAGCUUAACUCUUGUGGAUUUUCGCUGACUGAUUGUGUUUCUUAUUUUUUAAUGGAUUUUAACCACAAGCACCCGGGCUGUCCUUAUGGUAGAGAAGUGUUUUUCCAUCAAGCGAAACGUAUCGGAAACUAGAUCUUGGCAAACAACUGUCCCGAUGAAACCCCCUCUGAUGUCAGCGUACGGGAUCCGAGUUGGCUUGGGAAAACUGGAAUAAUUUGCUAGUUUUACCUCCGGAACGACAGGUUUAUGCGAUGCCUCCUCAGGGUGUAGGAGAAUACAAGUCUGUUUCUGCGUCCGACGCGCCCCCGGUCCCCCCUCGGAGGGUUCGAACCAGAGAUCAGCCCAGGGGUGCUAGGUGUCGGUUUGGGUCUGCAGCUGAGCGUAAGGUUAAGUGUGUCCUAGUCGGUGACGGAGCCGUGGGCAAAACUAGCCUCAUCGUUAGCUAUACGACAAAUGGAUAUCCAACGGAGUAUGUGCCCACUGCUUUCGAUAACUUUGCAGCGGUUGUGGCAGUUGACGGGAAGCCCGUGAGGCUCCAGCUCUGUGACACAGCUGGACAGGAUGAAUUUGAUAAGCUCCGCCCUCUCUGCUACACCAAUGCUGACGUCUUCCUGCUGUGCUUCAGCGUGGUUAGUCCCGCCUCCUUCCAGAACGUGGCGGAGAAGUGGGUCCCAGAGAUCCGACGGCACCGCCCGCGGGUGCCCAUGGUGCUGGUGGGCACGCAGUCGGACCUGCGGCAGGACGUUAAGGUCCUCAUUGAGCUCGCCAAAUACCGGGAGAGACCCGUGGACCCACGGGACGCUCAGUUCUGUGCUCAGGACAUCGGUGCGGUCUCUUAUGUGGAGUGUUCAGCGCUGACCCAGAAGAACCUGAAGGAGGUGUUUGACGUGGCCAUUCUGGCGAGCAUCCAGCACGGUGACAGUCAGCAGCAGCCAAAGAAGAGGACUCCUCACAAAAUGAGCAAGUUCUCCGAGUCCUGGUGGAGAAAGUACUGCUGCCUCGCUUAGCCUUCAGUGAAGAACUGCUGCAACCUCACCUGUACUGAGACUCACCUGUGCUGGCAUGUCACCUGUGCUGAGACUCACCUGUGCUGGCAUCUCACCUCUGCUGAGACUCACCUGUGCUGGCAUCCUACGUGUGCUGACAUCUUACCUGCUACUAAUUGGGACAGCAGGUGCUAGAAUAGGUGCCCGAGUACGGGAAGGGCGAUAUGGAUGUGCUAUACGGUGAUACUCCUCCAUGAACCACAAACCUUUAUACAUUUGCCAUUGAACAGAAUGUUUGUACUAUGUUGGAUGAACUGUCUGACAGAGAUAUUGCUGAAAUUGUUGUUGCUGAUGUUGACCUGGUCUUUUUGACCUGAACUGUAGUUUGGACCACUGUGGGAGUUCUUAUAUUCAGAACAGGAAAUAGCAUGAUGUUAGACAUAAGAAUUGUAAUGAGAUGUGGCUGACUGGUCUUUAAGAGACUGUGUGAUCCUCAACUAAAAUUAGUGCCUAAUCUGAUACCAUUUUCACACAAUACUAGUCAGAAGCUGAAUAUUUUUAAUUUUCUACAAAAAUUUUCUGCUACAGUCAGUUGCAUAUUGUUUUAAUGUGCAGUUUGCAAAGUUCUAAAACCAUGGUGAUCUACAGCAUUUUGUUGUUGUUAUACCUUGUUAAUGUUCCUCCAGGGCGCUGAGCGAUCCUCCCCAAACAGUGAAGUUAAUUGGAUCUGCUGGACUGGGAAUUAUGGGAAAUUGGAUUGGCUUAGCCUGGUUGACUUUGAGAAAAAUUAUUACUUUGAGUUUAUGAAGGCAGUCAAGAGGUCUAGUGCACACAGACCUAAUCACAGACACUCACCGGCAAACACAUCUGCACGCAAUCACACAAUAUCCCAUUUCCUAAAUUCCUGAACUGAAUUCCAAAUAUCACCAGCGCAAGUGUGAAAUUUUGUCAAAGUGAAAUGAACUUUGAUAUCCGCAGAUGAGGGGUAAUCUUUUAUUGGGGGGUGGGGGGGUGUACAGUAUCUGAGCCAGAUAGUUCUGCGUUAAGGGCUUCAUUUAAAAAAAUGUUAGGGUUAGGGUACAGGUGCAGAGUAAUGACAGGUUUUGUCAUCAUCAUCAUUCCGGACAGAAUUUUAUACAGAAGAUAAAGAAAAACAAAUAUUUUAAUCACUUAUCAGUGAUGUACAAUGGCCAUUUAUGUUUUUAAAGUAAGCUAUUUCAACGAGAUGCCAAUCUCAGUGGAGCUUUUGUCCUGAAUAAAUAAAGGAUAGAUAUACCGCUUAAAGAAGACAAUGGAAGGGAUAGUGAUUAAGGCACCGCACCUCUACUGGAGUCAGUCAGCACUGCGCAAAAGCCGCCAUUUCAGGGAAAUUCUUCUGGAUAUGAGUGGAUGAAUCAGAGACCUCUCACAGCGUGACGUCCUCAUAGCAGGGGAUGUCUUCUCCCAUGUGCCUUACAACAGGACCCAAAUUCAUGACUGUGUUCAUGCUGUAUUGUGUUCCUCACUCUGAGUUUACAGCUGAUUCCCAGAAAAUGUUGAAGUGAAAAGGAUGCACAUUCGGGAGCCAGCGGGGGAUAGGAGUCUGGAAUAACAGCCUGUGCUGACUCUCAGGCCCGGAACAGCGAGCUGUCUGUACCGUGUUACUCCUGUGAAAAUAAAGGCUGUUUGUGUAGGCUA